AUGCCUUCCACACUCGUCUACAGUGCCGUAGUAGCCAUUGUCAUUGCUGUCAUUGCUUUCUACAUGACAUCAUCUGGUGAACGGCAAGUUCUUACCAAUGAGAAAUUCCAGGAAUUCCCUCUAAUCCAAAAGAAGCAUGUCAGCCAUAACUCUGCGCUCUUUACAUUUGGACUCCCAAGAUCCACCGACGUUCUUGGUCUACCGAUCGGACAACACAUCCAGAUUGCAUCGAAAAUCAAAGGAAAAGACGUGGUUAGAUCCUAUACUCCAACUUCCUUGGAUGAGGAUACCAAGGGUCAAUUCGACUUGCUAAUUAAGGUGUAUGCAAAUGGUAACGUGUCCAAAUACGUGGACAAUCUGAAAAUUGGUGACACUAUUAGAGUCAAGGGACCAAAAGGUUUUUUCACCUACACUGCCAACAUGGUUUCUAAGUUUGGAAUGAUUGCCGGAGGUACGGGAAUUACACCUAUGUAUCAGAUUAUCAAAGCCAUCUGUAACGAUCCUGAGGACCAUACUGAGGUUUAUUUAUUGUAUGGUAAUGUCUGUGAGGAGGAUGUUUUACUCCAGAAAGAAUUGGACCAGAUGGCUACCGCUAACUCGAACAUUCAUAUUCACCAUGUUCUCAAUAACCCUCCCCAAGGAUGGACUCAGGGUAAAGGAUUCAUUGGUAGGGAGUUAAUGGAGGAGAGAUUGCCAAAGCCCGCAGACGACGUUCAAUUGUUAUUGUGUGGACCUCCACCGAUGGUUUCUGCUAUGAAGAGGGCCGCAGUGGAGCUUGGAUUCAAGAAGGCUAAGCCGAUAUCCAAGAUGGGAGAUCAAGUGUUUGUGUUCUAG